GGUUUGUGGAUCAUGAUGGCUGCCGCCUUGAGAGGAAGCGUUGUAACAUUGGCCAAGGGCCUUACUGGCACUGGUCCGUGGUGGCAGCAGCUGGCUGCCCGGUCCCUCAAUAUGAGCAGUCUGGGUGGGCCUGAGGCACCCCCGGCCCGCGCCGACGCCACAUUCAUCACCAUGGUGCCCGGGGACGGAGUAGGACCUGAACUGAUGACUGCUGUCAAGGAGGUGUUUAAGGCGGGUGACGUCCCAGUGGAGUUUGAGGAGUUCCACCUAAGUGAGGUGCAACAUAUGGACAGCGACGAGAAGCUGGAGCAGGUGUUGGCCUCCAUGAAGACCAACAGGGUGGCCAUGAAAGGAAAGAUUAACACCCCCAUGGAGUUCAAAGGGGAGCUGGCUGGCUUUGAYAUGAAAAUUAGGCGUAGGCUGGACCUGUUUGCAAAUGUGGUACACGUGAACAGCCUGCCRGGCUAUAGCACCCGCCACAACAACCUGGACCUGGUCAUCAUCCGAGAGCAGACUGAGGGAGAGUACAGCUCUCUGGAYCACGAGAGCGUGCCUGGAGUGAUUGAAUGUCUGAAGAUCAUCACUAGGGAGAAGUCUCGGCGCAUCGCCAAGUUUGCCUUCGACUACGCCACCAAGAAGGGUCGCAGCAAGGUCACGGCGGUCCACAAGGCCAACAUCAUGAAGCUUGCAGAUGGCCUGUUCUUACAGUGCUGUGCUGAGGUGGCAGAGCUGUAUCCCAAGAUCAAAUAUGAGAACAUCAUCAUAGACAACUGUUGCAUGCAGCUGGUCCAGAACCCAUACCAGUUUGACGUGCUGGUGAUGCCCAACCUUUAUGGCAACAUCAUUGACAACCUGGCCGCUGGGCUGGUCGGCGGGGCAGGAGUGGUGCCAGGAGAGAGCUACAGCGCCGAGUACGCCGUGUUUGAGACCGGAGCGCGGCACCCCUUUGCCCAGGCUGUAGGCAGGAACAUCGCCAACCCCACGGCCAUGCUGCUCAGUGCUGCCAACAUGCUCCAUCACCUCAACCUGGAAUACCACUCCAAUAUGGUGUCAGAUGCUGUCAGGAAGGUCAUCAAACAGGGCAAGGUGCGCACAGGAGACCUGGGGGGCUAUGCCACAAGCGAUGAGUUCACCAGAGCUGUCAUCGCCAACCUAGCCYUCUGAGCUAGCCUCUCYAACYCACACUUUAUUUUACUCCCUUCAAACUAGUCUCUCUGCAUUGACCACUCAAGCAGCUGCGCAACAGGUUAAAUCCUCCCGACCCAUGCUCAACAACAGC